GGUUUCCAAGACACGGUCAACAUAAGUCUGCUCUGCCUGGCCCUGUCCGACAUGAUGUCCCUGGUGACGCUUCUCUGGUCGUCCAUCAGCUGGAACCCUCUCUUCUACCACGCCGACCUCUCUUUCCUGCCGUCCGACGUCGAGUACCUGACCGGAAGUCUCCCGCACCUGCUGUUCACGCGAGUCACCGGCUGGAUCACCGCCUUCGUCGCCUUCGAGCGCUGCGUCUGCAUAACCUUGCCCCUCAAAGUCAAGACCAUCAUCACGGCCACCCGUAUCAAAAUCACCAUCGCGUGCGUCUGCGCCUGGGUCACGGCGUGCCAGGCCCCUUCCUUCUACACCAGCUACCUCGCGCCGAAGUUCGUGGCGAGCCGCAACAAGACCGUGAUGGGGCUCGUCUUCAGGGACGACAGCGAUGACAUCGACGGCGUGACGUACGCGAUCAACCUCGUCUCGCCUUUCGGGUCGUUCGCCCUCGUCGUCGCCUGCACCGUGAUCACCGCCGUCCAGCUGAGGCGGAAGUCACGAUGGCGCCAGAAGACGGUCGCCUCGGCGCCGGGCAGGAAGCAGGGCCAGGAACCCGGGGUGUCCACCAAGGAGCAGAAGGUCAUCAAGAUGGUGGUGAUGAUCUCGACGGUGUUCAUCGUGAGCUUCACGCCGGCCAACGUGGCGCACAUCUUCUACUGCGCCAUCGCCGAGCAGCCGGUGCUGCUGUACACCUACUGGGACGUGAUCAGCGUGAUCUUCUCCUUCAGCAAGCUGUUCGAGUCCGUCAACGCGAGCGUCAACUUCUUCCUGUACUACAAGAUGAGCACCCGCUACAGGAGCACGCUC